AUGUCUGGAGUUUGGGUGUUUGAUGAUAAUGGAGUGUUCCGAAUCGAAAACCCAACGGCGGAGGUGAACGGCGGAGGAGGAGGGAGGCAGGGCAGUGGGGGAAGAAGGACGGAGUUAGUGUAUUUGGCGACGGGGGAGGUGGUGUCGUCGUACUCUUCUCUGCAGCAAAUCUUGAUGCGCUUAGGGUGGGAGAGGUACUAUGAUGGGAACCCAGAGCUACUCCAAUUCCACAAGCACUCCUCCAUUGAUCUCAUUUCCCUCCCCAAAGACUUCUCCAAGUUCACCUCCAUUUACAUGUACGAUAUCGUUGUCAAAACCCCCAACAUCUUCCAAGUUCGAGAUAUGUAG